UAAAAACCACGUAUUAAGCUCUCUUUUUCCCUCCCCCUUUUUGGAACACAAUGGAACCAAUUUUCCAUGAAACCAAGCAAAGAAUGUUGGUCCAAUAUCUUUCUCCAUUAGAGCAACCACCACCUUACUUCCCUCCCCAAUCACCACCGCCAUUACAGCCACCACCACAAAGCUUACAAUCCAGUGGUUCAAAUUUCAUAAACAAGGUCAGUCCAAGUUUAUUGCUUAUAAUCAUAAUCCUAGCUAUCAUCUUCUUUGUUUCUGGUUUGGUUCAUCUCUUAAUUAGAUUCCUUUUAAGACCUUCAAAUAGAGAACCCGGUGAUUCAGACCAUGUAACAGCCCUUCAAGGACAGUUGCAACAACUGUUCCAUCUCCAUGAUGCUGGUGUCGACCAAUCAUUAAUAGAUAAUCUCCCUGUUUUUCAUUACAAAUCCAUCAUAGGUUUGAAACACAACCCUUUUGAUUGUGCUGUUUGUUUGUGUGGAUUUGAGGUUGAAGAUAAGCUUAGAUUGUUACCGAUUUGUAGCCAUGCUUUCCAUAUGGAGUGUAUUGAUACUUGGCUUUUGUCUCAUUCUACGUGCCCUUUAUGUAGAGCUAGUUUAAUAAUUGAUAGCUGUUCAUCACCACCCCCACCACCGCCGCCACCGCCGCCGCCACCACCACCCAUUGUUGAUGAUGUGGAAGCCAACCCCACUUUAAUGGUGGAUGAAAACAUUGUGCCUGUUAAGCUAGGGAAGCUUAGAAAUGUUGAUAAUGGCAUUGAAGGUUGUAGUGAUAUCAACAUUAAUGUUGAUUCAAGGAGGUGUUUUUCAAUGGGGUCAUUUGAAUAUGUAAUGGAUGAAAAUUCAUUCUUACAAGUACCAAUAAGGACACCAUUGAAGAAACCAUCGAGAAAAAAGCUUUGUUUGCCAUUAACACCUGGUCACCACCUUGCAAUGUCUGAAUGUGAUUGUGAAUCAAGAAGAGGGUUCAAUGGUUUUGAAACUAUGACCACCACCAUUGAUGAUAAUGGCAGCAAGUCUAUUAGGAGAAGCAACAAAGAAAGCUUUUCAAUAUCGAAAAUUUGGCUUCGAGGGAAGAAAGGGAAGCAAGUGGAUUCAUCUAGGAGGGCCUUUUCGUUUAGGUUGAAGGUGAAGAACGGUGUUGUUGGGGAUGAUGUGUUUGAGAUGGGUUCUUCAAGGUGGGGAAAUGGAGGAGGGAGUGAAGAAUUAGGGUUUGAUGAAGAAAACCAGAGGAGCCAUAGCUUAGAUGAUCAUUCACAAGGUAAAACACCAUCUUUUGCAAGGAGAACCAUGCUUUGGCUAGGUGGGAGACAAAACAAGGUUGUUCAUUCAUCCUUUAGCCCAAACAUGUAAGGAAAAAAUUGUGUUGCAUACAAUGUGUUUGAAAUUUUAUAAUAAUUAAAUUUGAAUAUAAUUAAUACGAGUUACAUGUUUAGGUAAAUAUUGUAAUUAGUGAAUCGUAAUAAAAUGAGUGUAAUUAGGCACCUUUCAUUAUUAAAUGAGAAUGUAAGAACAUUACAAAAGACAAUGAUAUAUUUAGUUUUUAA